CGCAGAAGAGCCCGGAGAACGGGUGGGGGGUGAAGAAGGGGCCGGCCUUUGAGCGACAGCGACGCAAGAUGGCAGCCACCACGGGCUCGGGAGUAAAAGUCCCUCGCAAUUUCCGACUGUUGGAAGAACUCGAAGAAGGCCAGAAAGGAGUAGGAGAUGGCACAGUUAGCUGGGGUCUAGAAGAUGACGAAGACAUGACACUUACAAGAUGGACAGGGAUGAUAAUUGGGCCUCCAAGAACAAUUUAUGAAAACCGAAUAUACAGCCUUAAAAUAGAAUGUGGACCUAAAUACCCAGAAGCACCCCCCUUUGUAAGAUUUGUAACAAAAAUUAAUAUGAAUGGAGUUAAUAGUUCUAAUGGAGUGGUGGACCCAAGAGCCAUAUCAGUGCUAGCAAAAUGGCAGAAUUCAUAUAGCAUCAAAGUUGUCCUGCAAGAGCUUCGGCGCCUAAUGAUGUCUAAAGAAAAUAUGAAACUCCCUCAGCCUCCUGAAGGACAGUGUUACAGCAAUUAAUCAAAAAGAAAAACCACAGGCCCUCCCCUACCCCCCAUUCGAUUUAAGCAGUCUUCAUUUUCCACAGUAGUAAAUUUUCUAGAUACGUCUUGUAGACCUCAAAGUACUGGAAAGGAAGCUCCCAUUCAAAGGCAGUUUAUCUUAAGAUACUGUAAAUGAUACUAAUUUUUUGUCCAUUUGAAAUAUAUAAGUUGUGCUAUAACAAAUCAUCCUGUCAAGUGUAACCACUGUCCACAUAGUUGAACUUCUGGGAUCAAGAAAGUAUAUUUAAAUUGAUUCCCAUCAUAACCGGUGGGGCACAUCUAACUCAACUGUGAAAAGACACACCACGCAAUCACCUUGCUGCUGAUUACAUGGCCUGGGGUCUCUGCCUUCUCCCCUUCCCCUCCCCCUGCCUCCUCCCUCCCUGCAACAGCCCUCCAGCUUGGGGUGGCUUCUUAGAGUAGAUGUAAGGGUUUCAGGUCACAGCCUGUGGGACUCCUGCUGGGUGUGGGGGAUGCUUCGUCUGCACCCCUGGUUUCUUUCUUUAAGUCUUAAAUGCUGACCCCCUUCCAAGCCACCAUCCUCUUCCCACUCUCCAUUACCACCCUUGGCCAAAGCAUAGAUUGUAACCCCCUCGGCUCCCCUCUGAAAUUGGCCUUUGGUGAGGAAUUCAGGGCUUUCCCCAUAUCUUCUCCCUCCACCUUAAUCGAGGGGUGCUGCUUUGUCCUUCCUCCUCCUCAAGUCCCUUUUUGCACCAUCACCACCCAACACUUUCCAUGACACUUCCUUGCUUUGGCCAGAAGCCAUCAGGUAAGGUUGGAAAGCAUAUCUGACCUCCCUCAUUUAGUUUUGGAACCACACUUACUUACUCUCCACCAGCCUGGGGAAUGAAUAUUGGGUUCUCAGCCCUGCCACCCUCUGCUGUCAUCAUCAGCUGAUACGUUUACUUAGCUCAGGUUUUGAUAAGGUGAACAGAACAGUCACCAGGGUCACAGACCUGCCAGCUCUCAAAGUCCUUGGUGGUUAAACUUGGAGAAAGGCCACAGAAGACACUUGUAAGCACACACGAUCCCUCUGAAUGAAUUUUCUUUUCCUGUAAUUGCUUUAGCUUUUAAAAAUUGAAGAAGUUUUAAACAGGGCUCUCAUUUGGUCAUCCUUGCAAUCCAUUUGAGUCUAGUUUGGAAUCUGACAACUGGAACAAAAAGAACCAUGAACUCGGUGCACACUUUGGUUUCGGUGCUGCUGCUUCUCUCGGUCCUCAGCAGGGAUAAGAAAGAACUCGGUGUGCACGGCAGAUCCCCGGAAUUCCUGGCCAAUGGCUGCGUUUUUCCACUUUUCUGUUCAGGACCACUAAAUGCUGAGAUGUUGGACGCAUACCGAAAUAAAAGCAAUUCAUUGUGUUCUAAGGUUUUUUUUUUUUUUUUUUAACUUAGUGUUUGUGUAAAGCCACCUUUUGAAGCAGCAGCUAUCAAGUCUGAAAAGCAAUUGAUGUUUCCAUUCAUCUUUUUCUGGGGAAAACCUUAGUUCUAAGGAUUUAACAUCCUGGGACACGGGUUCGAGCCCUGGUCUGGGAAGAUCCCACAUGCCGCGGAGCAACUAGGCCCGUGAGCCACAACUACUGAGCCUGCGCGUCUGGAGUUCGUGCUCCGCAACAAGAGAGGCCGCGACAGUGAGAGGCCUGCGCACCGCGAUGAAGAGUGACCCCCACUCGCCGCAACUAGAGAAAGCCCUUGCAUGGAAAUGAAGACCCAACACAGCCAAAAAUAAAUUGCUCCUGGAGCUUCAGUUUCCUGGAAUAGAGGGCUGCACCCCUCGUCUGGGCCCCCAUAGGCCCCGAGCAGAGCAGAGGAGCUGGCGGUGGAGCAGAUCAAGUCCUGGGCACAGCAGCUCUAGCUCGCUCGCUGGGCUUCUGCAGGCCCGGGGCGUGGAGCCAGCAGGCUGGAGCCAGGCAGCCUCCCGGGCCUCCUCACAGCCGCUUUUGAUAAAGCCCCUCUGUGCACAGGGUGGGGGGGCCCGGCCGGCUGGAGCCAGCUCACAUCUGGAGGCCAGCACAGGCCUGGGGCAGCCGGCGCGGCUGACAGUGGCGCCACCCCGAGCCACACGCCCGGCACUGGGUAAACAGCCCCGCGCCCACCCAGCAGCUCACCUUUCGCCCACAAGGCUGCCUUUCUUCUCGGACCCAGGACGAGGCCACCACGAACAUUCCUCCCAGCACAGGGCAGAACGGGCCGCUGACCUCGAGGCUGGGCCGAAAUCUGAAUCCAGGAGGCUCAGCGAGGACAGCCGCGGGAGUGAGUGGGACACACGUUAUACAAGAGGAAACCCUGGGGCGCUGACCCUGCCCUCCCAUCCCGGAAGGGUCUCUGAGGAAGUGACGCCCUGAACACAGAGCCGGAUCCGUGGCGACCGCGAAGAAUCUUCCCUUCCCGGCAGAGGCACCAGCCAUGCAAAGGCAGGAAGGCUGCCACACCACACCCCUAGGAAGCUGGAGGCUUUGCACGGGAUGCCCCGCUCUGGCCUGGCUUUCUCCUUUUGUGGAAAGGGAACAGUCGCCCGCCCACCCCCACAAGCGGGGAUGCUGUUCCUGGUGGUGGGUCAGGCCUCCGUGGACCCCCUCGAGUCCUGGAAGAUGAUCGUGUCUGCGGGCUUGGGGAGACGGAGAAGAGAGUGUAGACUGAACAGCUCUCCAACUCCAGACUUUGAGGCAGGAUCCUGAGGUACUUAGAAGGAAAUGACAAGCAGCCUCAUUUACAAUGGAAGGAAACUGAGUUCUUUCAUUUAAUCCCCCCAACGAUCAUCACUGUCGGAAGCUAAUACCGUGACCCCUAUUUUACAAGUGUGGGAAUGAAGACUCGGGAGGUGGAUUUUCAUCCCUCUUUGGCAGCCGAGGAAACAGAGCCUCAGAGAGAACUGGUGAGAACCCCGGGAUUCCAAAGCCAGGCCAGGCCCCAGGAGACCACGAGGCCUGGGAAGUGCUGCCCAGGGCCUUGGGCUGUGGCCCAGACAAGCUGGAAAUCCUCACCUCUGGGGCCACCCCUUGCCCAGACCUGCCCAUAAGGAGCAGUUGAGGGGCGCAGACCCUCACCCUCUGCUCCACAAACCUCUGUCAAACCUGCUGCCUGGGACCCGGCUCCUCCACUAGGUUGCCUGAGGAUCAUUCCCUUACCGUUAGAUAAGCAAGAAACUAUCAGCACAAAUUACAUCAAUAAACUCCACGCUCUAGGA